CAAAAAUCUCGCUUAUUAACAACUGAGGGGUUAGGUUCACCGUUUUUUGCCCUUUCUCCGUGACAACCAUCAACGACGAUAACCUUAGGGAUUCUGAGAGAAAGUAAUUUGAGCCCUAAAGCCGGGCUAAGUACCCAUGACUUCUGAUAUAAUAAAGAACUUUCAAAUUACGGCAAGUGGCAGAUCAACCGUCCAUGUCGGGGACAAUAUCCAAUUGGCGGGCACAAAUCGCGAGAUCCUAUCCGACCGUUUACUUCCAAACUGGCGGCUUAGUAAUAGCCUCAACCCGUACUGGGACCACUACCAAGCAAAAGAAGGAAAGGUUGACGGUAGCGGCGAGUGGCUAGUCGAAUCUAAAGAGUUCAGAUCCUGGAAGGCAAACCCUAAUAGUUUUCUGUGGUUACAUGGAAUAGCUGGAUGCGGAAAGACCGUCCUGAGUUCAACUAUCAUUGACCACCUGCAAGAUCUCUUCCAAGACAAUGAUACAGCAGGUUAUUACUUCAUCGCUACAGAUAGGGAAAAGCGGAGUGUAUUCAGACUGCUUCGGUCCCUCUUGGUGCAGAUUUGUCCCACCGAUGGCAAACUACCAUGUAAAUUGGAGAAGCUGUGGGAUAAGUCUUCGCCAUACGAGAUCUUGGAUGAUGAAGUAUUGGAAGCAUUGAAAGAUUUGAUGAAUGGAGGAAGACAUACAUAUAUAGUGAUCGAUGCUCUAGAUGAAUGCGGCUCGUCUGAUGAAAGUUCAACGAGAGCAGAGAUCAACAAGCUAGUCAAUUUCAUUGACUGGCUCACUAGGAUCGAGCUUCAUAAUCUUCACGUUUUGGUCACUAGCCGAUCCCGCGAGUUAAGACCCCCCUUGGAAAAGAAGCUGAGCGGCGUAGUUCGGGAAAAGACGAGCAAUGGUUACUACUGCCACGUACUCGAUUUGCAGGCAGGUGGGACGAUAUCCAAUGUUAAUCAUGAUAUCGGCAUAUUUGUCGAUUCGGAGUUGGAGAGUUGGAACGAUUAUACGGGUGAACGAUACUGGAUUCCUUUGGGAGGUGCUCGACAGGAUUUAAUUGCCAAGUCCGUCAAAAGCAGAGCAAAUGGAAUGUUUCUAUUAGCGGUCGGUCUUCUUAAUUUGCUAUGGGAAAAAGAGGAUUGGAGCGAGCUUGAGAAUUCACUUGCUGAUCUCCCUUCAAAUCUACCGGAAAUAUAUGAUCGUAUUUUCGAGCUCCUAGGUGAAGAGCGAAGGGACACAGCAAGAAUCCUUUUUCGAUGGCUACUUCAUUGUGAACGUCCGUUGAGCCUCGACGAGUUGACGGAAAUUGUCGCAAUAGGCGUCAAAGGAGACAGCUUUGCUGUCAAAAAUAUCAUACCGGAUAAACACUACGUAUCUCGAAUACUCUCCGGCCUUGUUGUCAUAACUGAUGAUUCCCUGGUGCAGUUUGCGCAUCAAACUGUCAAGGAAUAUCUCAUUCUAUACCAAACAGAAGGAGGCUUCUUCAGCAGAGAAGCGAUCUCUCAGCGAUUUCUUGCGAUAUCCUGUCUAUCAUAUAUGCAAUUCUGCGACCAGUCUGUUCCUGAACGUCCACCUACUCACGAUGUCAGACGACGAUUUCCGAAUGAUUAUCUGCUCAUUGAGUACGUUUUCAAUAACUGGUAUAAGCAUGCGCUAGGAGCAUGGGGAGAUGCUAUAACGCCAUAUCCGACAGGGGGAGCCAGGAAUUUAUCAGACGAAGCGAGUUCACCCGGUAUAACUCACCGACAUUCCGAGCCCGGAAAUUACACGCAAUCGCUUUCUGACUGGGCCGGUUCAGUAAAGUUGUGGCUCAGCCGGAUAGGCAACAUCGGGCGUUUGUCAUAUCACAAGGCACUGAAGGCUUUUGCAUGUGAAGGGUAUGCAAAGUUUGUAGAGUUGACUUCACCUACGGGAGCCCGUGAGUGGAAUCAUAUCGCCGACAAACAUACCUGGGAAGUUGUCCUAAAUGGACGUUAUUCUGAGUUGGUUUGUCUUAUCCUUGACACCGCAGUAGACCGGAGUCGUGAAACCUGGUGGCCUGAAAAAGGAGAUCCAACGACUGAAGUCGGUAUUUCCCAUAAAUCAUACGAGCUGAUCUUGCGAUCCUUACUGGGACAUGGACUGGAUACUGCUUGGGUAGAUUCCAGCGGAUUGACGUUAUUGCAUAUAGUGGCUUUUCAAGGGCUCAAGGGCAUAGCAGAGCUCUUGGUUGCAAAGGGGUAUGAUAUUAAUGCUAAGGAUCAUGGCGGACAAACAGCGCUACAUAUCGCGUCAUCUCAUGGCCACGAUGAGGUAAUACGUGUGCUGUUGGAAGGGGGUGCUGACAUUGGCGCAAAAAAUAAGCUUGGAUGGACUGCACUGGACGUCGCAGUACUCAACGUAGCGAUGGUCUUCACACCAGACUAUACUAAUUCCCGCAUUUUUCGGAACAACAGAUUAACUAUGCCACAAGCAGUUCCGAGUAGUCACGAGACAAUUGCGCGCACGAUCUGCGCGCUAUCAGGAAGGAGUCCUGACCUCGAGGGAAUUUAUGAUCUGGAAAUACCAGACGUAGUAUCCCAGAAUCCACCCGGAUUCUCUUGGUCGUCCUGGAUUCAUAAUGAAAACAUGCACGAAAGCACUACGAUACCGAUAUCUCAAGACAUAAAGUUAGCGCGACAAAACUUUGACGCUAUUAGUUCCUUAGGAACGGUAUAUAUCAAAGAACUCAACACAUCUGGUGAAUCUGCUGUCACCUUUUCCGGAACGGUAUAUAUCGAAAGUCUCUAUAUACAUAAUAAAUCCGCUGUCACCUUCUCCGGAACGGUAUAUAUUAAAAGUCUCUAUAUACAUGGUGAAUCCGCUGUCACCUUCUCCGAAACGGUAUAUAUCGAAAGUCUGUCUAUACAUGGUGAAUCCGCUGUCUCCUUCUCCGGAACGGUAUAUAUUAAAAGUCUCUAUAUACAUGGUGAAUCCGCUGUCACCUUCUCCGGAACGGUAUAUAUUAAAAGGCUACCUAUACAUGGUAAAUCCGCUGUCACCUUCUCCGAAACGGUAUAUAUUAAAAGGCUACCUAUACAUGGUGAAUCCGCUGUCACCUUCUCCGAAACGGUAUAUAUCGAAAGUCUCCAUAUACAUGGUAAAUCUACUAUUACCUUCUCCGAAACGGUAUAUAUCAAAAGUUUCCAUAUAUAUGGUGAAUCCACUGUCACCUUAUCUGGAAGUGUAUAUAUUAAAGAACUUAAUACAACUGGUAGAUCCGCUGUCACCUUCUCCGGAAUGGUAUAUAUCGAAAGUCUCAGCAUCAAUGGGUCUAAUACAACCUUCUUCGGAACUGCAUAUAUCGAAAACUUAACUUUGAAUUGGGGGGUCGUCAACUUUCUAUCAUCAGGCGAGGUCCGCAAACUGGUGCAUCAUAGAGGGAAUCUUAAUAUCGUCCGUGGAAUCCUCAGAGAAAUGAUAAAACUCUUCGGAGCGGGAAUGAUUAUUGAGGACGGAGGUUGUGAAAACAACAUAGUACGAAUCGGAGGGUACAUGGACGUCAUUGGUGAUAUAACAACGUUGCAUUUAGCCGUGAGAUGUGGGUAUGAUGCCAUAGCGAGACUUCUAUUAGAGAAAGGUGCGAAUCCCAACGUGCUGUGUCACGCUGAAAAUGGCCGUGUUAAGUGGACGGCGCUCCACUUAGCAGUGUUUAUGGGACGAAAGGCGACUGUUGAGUUGUUACUGGAAAUGAAUGCAGACGUCAACAUCAGGGACAAAAAUGGACAAACGGCACUACAAAUCGCAGACUCCCGAGGGCACACGGAGAUUGUACAGCUUUUAGAGGAAUGGUUUCGAGAGAGAAAUGUACGUUCCAAGAUUGCUAAAAAGGUACUAAGGUUGCUAAGAAGGUAUGGAACUCUGUUGUUUUCUAAGUUGUAACUAGGGCUUGCUGGAAUUUUAGGUGGCUGGGAGUCUACGUCCUGUAGCUACAGGUAUAUAAUAUACUAUCUAGCAGCCUGUACCUACUUCUAGUAACUUAACCUUCUAAUAGGUAUACAUCAAUGAUACUCAUAACCUGUGUCUAUUUAAACAGA